UUAACCCCCCACUGUCUGUGGCACGAGUCGCCCAUGCUUACGUCAUUUGUCAAAAAUCUAACCUUACAAUUUGAUAUUUUUACAAUAAAUUCAAAAAUCGGGCCACAAUGAGUAUUGCGGGCCCCUUCAGACUAUUAACUUAUUGCCGACAACAAUAUUUACGAUUUCAGUUGAAUUAUCCUCGAUGUAAUUACGCGAAAAAAGACACUGGAAGCGUUAGCAUGAUUGGAGGUGCUCUGAAGAAGAAAAAGUUGGGUAAAAUGGGUCCUGUGAUAGAAAAGAAGGUUAUUCCGGUCGAAACAGACCCCCAGAAACUUGUAAAAUAUGUUUGUGGAUCAAAUAUUUACACCACUGGACAAGAUAUUGAAUUAAAGCCCGAUAAUGAGUAUCCUGAAUGGUUGUGGAGUAUACGAACGGGGCCCCCGACGCCACUCGAAGAAUUAGACCCCAAUACCAAAGAGUAUUGGAGGAGGAUAAAGAAAAUGGCAAUGAGACGAAACAAUAAAUUAGCACAACUUAAGAAGUUUUAAUUAGAGAAAAGUAAUAAAUGAGUCUAAAUUAAACGUAA